AGGGAACUCCUGAAAGUACUUCUUUGAGUCAAUCACAGGUCAUCUUUCGGCAAUUGCAUCAACUUGCUUGCAUUCUCUUCAUGGGGUUUUCGCAAAGAACUACCAACAGCAGGACUAGUUCUCAAAAGAGUUUCACUAUUGAAGAGUUGUUUAAACGAAGCCAACAGCAACAACGAAAUGCACUUGCCCAAUUGCGUAGAUUAAAGAAAUCGCAGCAACAGCACCAAAAUGAAGAAGAAGAAGAAGAAAAGGAAGAAGACGAUCCGGAUCUACUACUUGCUUUGCAAAUAAGUAAAGAAGAACACUUAACUGAGCAGAAAAAGCUACUAGAGCACUUUUCGAGACUGAGUCAAGCACAAAACAGUAAUAACAGUAACAGAGGUAGCAGUCGUAGUGGUAAUAACCGCACAAAAACAAACAUAACUCCUAACAAAAAAGUAAAAAAAGAACGCGUGAUUAUUGACAGAAGCGAAGACGAAGAUGAAACUCCAGUAUCAUUAGCGCAAAAUGUGGAUACUUUAGAAGAGGAUGAAUGGUUUGAAACGAUCUCGCCCAGACCUCAGCUACCGAGAUAUCUAACGCAAAGAAAAAAGCUCUCGGACAAAAGUACUGAAACGGUAAUUUUUGAUAAAAAGGGCAAGGAAACAACCACUGCAGCGACAGCAAAGAGGAAAGAGAUUACAACCGAUAAUACCAAUGCAAAUUCUCCCUAUAACAUCAUCUCUAAUAUUGAUCGCAGUCGAGCACAAGCCGGUGGAUCUACUUUAUCCGAAAUGAACAGCUCGAAGGUCGUAGUAAAGAAAGAAAAAGAUGAGGAAGGGGUUUUGCUUGAUGUCGAUGAUAUGUCAGAAUGGCUAAAAGUUAAAGAAGAAGAAGAUGUUGGCGACGGAGAAGGGGAUAACCAUCAUUUGGUUAUUGAUGACUUUACAGCUUUCUUAAAUGAAGAAGAUAGUCAAAAAGAUAUAGUUACCAACAAAGAAUUAUCACAGCCACACAAGGAAACAGAAGAUGUAUAUUUACCUAUUGAUUUCAAUAUAAAUGAGGGAAAUACAGAAGGGUCAAUCAUAUUGAUAGAUGAUGAUGACGAUAACAUCAAAUACCAAGCCACGAGUGAUAUCGACGAUGCCUCAGAUUGUAGCGUAAUCGAUUUAGUGAACCCUAAUAAUAAUACCACAAACAAUAGUCAAUCUCAACAGCAAGUACACGAAGAAGAUGAUGGCUAUCUAUCUCCAUUAGAAGGGUUUACCAAUCUGGAUCGAUCGAAUGCUGAAUUUAAUCCUUUUUUUGAACAGUUACAGCCCAGAGCACCGGCUAAAAGAACCAGAAAAUCAACAGCAGCAUCGACCUCAUCAACAGCAGUGGCAUCCUCAACAACCACAAAGAGAAAAAAGGCGUCAUUGUCAAAAUGGCCAACAAAUAAGCGUAAACGGUAUUUUGCCAAGAUGAAGAGAAAGAAACGAACAUGAUCUGGUGUAUUCAUGACUUAAAUCUGCUGCAGUACUAAAUAGCUGUUACGUAUUGGCUUUUGGGUAUUAGGGAAAAGCCGUAUACAUGCAGUUUUACUACAUUUUUAAAACAUUUAUCCGCUGCGAACAUCGUUUAAUUAA